UCUUCCUUGUCUCAAAGAAAAAAAAAACAUCAUCCUCUUCCUCUUCUCUCUUCUCUCUGUCACACACCCAAACCCAACCCAACCCAAAGUAACAGUAGCCCGCGGCGGCCUGCGCGAUGCCCGCCGCGGCAUUCGCCUCCGCGCUCGCGUCUCCUCCUCCGCCGUGGGCCCCACGACUGCCUCCUCGGCACGCUAGCCUGCGCCUGCUCCCGCCAAGGAGCAGCAGCAACAACAGCGGCGGCGGCGGAGGGGACAAGCCCACCACCUCGUGGGUCAGCCCCGACUGGCUCACGUCGCUGUCCCGCUCGGUGCUCGGCCGGGGGAACGACGACUCGGGGAUCCCCGUCGCCUCCGCCAAGCUCGACGACGUGCAGGACCUCCUCGGGGGCGCGCUCUUCCUGCCGCUCUUCAAGUGGUUCCGCGAGGAAGGGCCCGUCUACCGCCUCGCCGCGGGGCCGCGCGACUUCGUCAUCGUCAGCGACCCCGCCGUAGCCAAGCACGUCCUCCGCGGGUACGGCACGCGGUACGAGAAGGGGCUCGUCGCCGAGGUCUCCGAGUUCCUCUUUGGCUCUGGGUUCGCCAUCGCCGAGGGAGCGCUCUGGACGGUGAGACGUAGAGCAGUUGUACCAUCUCUACACAAAAAAUUUCUCUCAGUAAUGGUUGAUAAAGUGUUCUGUAAAUGUGCUGAGAGAUUGGUGGAAAAGCUCGAGACUUAUGCUUUGAGCGGUGAACCUGUUAAUAUGGAAGCGAGGUUUUCUCAAAUGACAUUAGAUGUGAUUGGUUUAUCCUUGUUCAACUACAACUUUGAUUCCCUCACAUCAGAUAGUCCUGUUAUUGAUGCUGUUUACACUGCACUCAAAGAAGCUGAGGCUCGUUCUACAGAUCUUUUACCAUACUGGCAGAUCGAUUUGCUGUGCAAGAUUGUUCCUAGACAGAUAAAAGCAGAAAAAGCAGUUAACACAAUAAGGAAUACCGUUGAAGAGCUAAUUACAAAAUGCAAGGCAAUCGUAGAUGCUGAAAAUGAACAGAUUGAGGGUGAAGAAUAUGUAAAUGAGGCAGAUCCUAGCAUCCUGCGGUUUUUACUUGCUAGCCGUGAAGAGGUCAGCAGUUUGCAGUUACGUGAUGAUCUAUUGUCAAUGUUAGUUGCUGGUCAUGAAACAACAGGUUCUGUACUGACAUGGACUAUUUAUCUUCUCAGUAAGGAUCCAGUAGCACUAAGGAAAGCCCAAGAUGAGGUAGAUCGUGUUCUACAAGGUAGACUCCCCAGAUAUGAAGAUGUAAAAGAGCUGAAGUACUUGAUGCGCUGUAUCAAUGAGUCCAUGCGGCUAUACCCACAUCCUCCUGUGCUGAUACGGCGUGCACUAGUUGAUGAUGUGCUUCCUGGAAACUACAAGGUUAAAACUGGUCAAGAUAUUAUGAUUUCUGUGUACAAUAUACACAGAUCGCCCGAGGUAUGGGACAGAGCAGAUGAAUUCAUCCCAGAGAGAUUUGAUUUGGAGGGUCCCAUUCCAAAUGAGUCAAACACCGAUUUCAGGUUUAUCCCUUUCAGUGGAGGUCCUCGAAAGUGUGUUGGAGAUCAGUUUGCUCUUUUAGAAGCAAUCGUGGCACUUGCAAUUGUCAUACAAAAGGUGGACAUUCAGCUUGUGGCAGAUCAAAAAAUCAGCAUGACCACUGGGGCCACCAUCCAUACAACCAAUGGACUGUAUAUGAAUGUAAGUCUGCGUAAAGUUGAGCAAGAAGCUGACUUAGCACUGAGUCCAUCGGGCUAGACAAAAGCAAAGCAAAACAAGGUGGGAUUAGUACCGGCAGAGGCAACGGAAUUGUCAAUACGUGAGGUGCCUCUGCAAAUCAAUUUGGACAUGUUUGGAAUAUUUCCUUGUCCAGAAAUUUUGACCCGACUAAAUGUUCCCUACUUGUAUCUUUUCAGCAGGUUCCAGCUAUCAUUGGCUAAUAGGUUGCGUAAACUGUAAAGAAAUGGAUCAUUGACUUGCUGAUUUUGACAGUUAAUGUAAAUCGGUAGUACCUUGUC